AUGCCGUCACGAAUCACCAACUCGGACGUUCCAUACUACUACACGGCAGCGUGCCUACACGCCACCGAGGAAAGACUGCGAGCGUUCCACACAAUAUGGGCCGGCAUUACAUUGCCUGAGACGCUGCCUCCCCUAGCACUAGAAGUCAACCAGAAGAUUCUUCCAGUGCAUGCUGAUAUCGAAGACCGAAACGGUGCGGGCACGGAGCCUAUCCAACCCUCGUCUCCACCCGCGUCGUCCGCGCCACUGCGAGAGCGCGCACGAAUCGGGACCGUCAAUGCGCCUAUCCUGCUCGCAUCAGAUGCCCAUAACGAAGACUACACCGAACCGGAGCCGAGGGCUGAUGACCACAUCAAAGUCUUCUGCACUUCGAAGCUGUACAACAACAUGCCUUUCCGACAAAAGGUUAUCAAGGACACGUAUAUCUUCUUGCGGCAGAUGCGACCCGACCUUGUGCCUUGGACUGCUGGCAUAUGGGACACAAACACCGCGCGUGAUGGCACGGUACUUGGCGGUUGCAUGUUCGCCCAAGUUGAUCCUGCGAAGGCAUAUAAGCAAGAGAAGCUCGUGAAGAGCCCCGGGAUAGUUCUGGAGUAUGGGAUAUAUGCUGGUGUAGGUUGCAUACUGGUGAACGAGCUUCUCGACAUACUUCGUAUGCUAGAAACCAUCUAA